GUAUGCGAUGUAGAUCAACUCUAGCGCGCCGCUGGUUUCGUUCUUCUUGUGUUGACGGUGCGAGACAUAUACGGAGGAGUCUCUGACGUUCCGAGGGUUUUUUUUUUAAUGUAGACACAAUGGCCGGAAUUAAAGCCCUGAUCAGCCUCUCCUUCGGUGGAGCCAUUGGCCUCAUGUUUCUGAUGCUUGGCUGUGCCUUGCCUGUGUAUAAUGAAUACUGGCCACUCUUUCUUCUCUUCUUCUACAUCCUGUCUCCUAUCCCGUACUGCACUUCUCGUCGCGUGGUGGAUGACACAGAUUCGGCUAGUAACGCCUGCAAAGAACUGGCCAUUUUCCUCACCACAGGGAUCGUUGUGUCUGCCUUUGGCCUGCCCAUCAUAUUCGCACGCGCUAGUGUGAUCGCCUGGGGGGCCUGCGCUCUCGUCCUGACAGGAAACAUUGUCAUUUUCGGCACCAUCCUCGGCUUCUUCCUCGUCUUCGGGUCGAACGACGACUUCAGCUGGCAGCAGUGGUGAAGCGGAGAACUGUUUUUAUCAAGCUACAUUGUUACCAUGGCUAUUGUCGUGGUUCCUAUUGUCGUCUUUAUUAUUUAUAGUGACUGGCCAUCCGUAUUAAGAGGAAAUCAGUGCAAUAAGUUGUCACUGGGAUCGGUUUGACCUCAGAAAGCUAUUGUUUUUGCCGUUUAUUUCGUGCAUUAGCGAGGGUUAUAGGGUUUUUUUUCCUGCACGCAUGAUCAACGCUUCUCUACAGAAUGUAGAAUGUAAAAUGCCAUAAAAAAAAAAAGAAGCUAAUAUGGAUAGAUAAUUCUCUUUCUGAAGUCUGUGGUUACAACUAAUCACAGGCUUGAUCAUUUGGAGCACAUCCUUUAGCUUUAGCCUUUAGCUUGGUGAAUCUGCUGUGUAAUAUAUUUUUUUUAAGUUAACUGCUUUUCAUGUAAUAUGGGUUUUAGUUGCGACUUAUUCACGUACAAUGCACUGUCUGCUUUCAUCAUUACAUUAUAAAAACCAAACGCCAGAGCCAUUCACUGCUGUCUAACGUAUAACCUCGCAAUUUAUUGAUGAUACCCUGAACAAUGCUCUACAUAUAUGCGUACAUGUCACAGCCAGCUCUCUUAAAGGAUUGGUUAUGAUAAAAGUCUAGUCAAAUAAGACAUACUUGUGUACAAGAGCUACAAAGCUCGCUUUGCUAACAAGUAUCUGAGCCCUGACUAGCAUCAUGCUAACUGUAUUCUGAAAUCCUUGCAUUCGCUUCAAACGGCGUCAUUAGCACAUAGGCUACCUCAUAUAAGCCUGUUACAAAUUUUUCAACUGUGAGUUAGUUUUGUGUCAGCACCCUAUAAGCAAGUCUGUGUAAAAUUAAUACUGAGGUAAAAAAAAAAAAAAAACCCAGGUUAUUUCACUACACAGAUAGCUAUUGAUGCUAGCCUGAAUGUUAGAGAAAUAUAGCAUCAUGCUAACUGUUAUCUGAAAUCAUAAAUCGCUUCAAAAAGCAUCAUGUAGUAUUAUUAGCUCAUAAACUAUUUCAUAUAGUUGUAAAGUGAGUGUAUUUACAAAUUUAAACAUAUAAAUAAGAGUAAGUGAUUCUGUCUCAAAAUGGCUGCCACUUUUAUUUUCUGUUUAAUGUUCUGUUAGCACUGAGGUAAAAAAAAAAGAAAAAAAAAUAGUGAGGUAAACUAAGUGAUUAGCCUGAUGCUUAUUAUUCUAGUGUAAAUGUUUGUACUGGAGCUGUGAGAAAUAUAAACAUCUAUGCGAACUGUACUCUUAAAAUAUCCAACACUGGCUUCAAACAGCAUCGUAUAGUAGCAUUAGCACAUACACUAUUCAAUAUAGUUGUAACGUGAGUCUGUAUUUAACAAAUUAAAACUCAUAAAUAAGAGUCAAUGAUUCAAUUUCAACAUGGCUGCCGCUCUGCCUCUUUUUCAUCACUGAGGUAAUUUUGUGUCAUGCGGUGUCUGCACCAUAAACCCAAGGGAAAAAAAUCGUAAUGAUUUCACCACACAGUUAGCUUGAAGCUAAUCAUUUUGUCUAAACGUCACGUACACUGGAGCUGUGAGAUAGAUUAGCAUUCCGCUAACUAUUCCGAAAUCAUCAUGCGCUCAAUUCAAACUCCAUCAUCUAGCAGCAUUAGCACUUCCAUAUAAUUGAAAAAGGCAGUCUGUAUUUACUAAUUAAAAUAGUAAAUAAUCGUGUUUCAAAAUGUCUACCACGCCAAAUCCGUUUAAAAAUAAAGUACACGGUUAGCAUAAUGCUAAUAAUUCAAUGUUAGAGCUGAUUUAGCGUUCUGCUAACUGUAUCCUGAAAUAAAUACACACUUGCUUUAAACAGAAAGAAGAGUUUUAAAUCAUGAAAAUGU